AUGAAGCUGAAGGAGCUUGAGCGACAAGCCGUCCAAGUUUGGAGCCCAGCCAGCCAGUACCCUGUGUAUCUGGCCACAGGAACAUCUGCCCAGCAGCUAGAUGCCUCCUUUAGUACAAAUGGCACAUUGGAAAUCUUUGAGGUUGAUUUCAGGGACCCCUCUCUGGACUUGAAACGCAAGGGAGUCCUUUCUGCCUCCAGCAGGUUUCACAAGCUGAUCUGGGGGAGCUUUGGCAAUGGGCUUCUGGAAGCCUCUGGGGUCAUUGCAGGCGGCGGGGACAGUGGCAUGCUUACUCUGUACAAUGUGACCCACAUCUUAUCUUCGGGAAAGGAGCCUGUGAUUGCCCGGAGACAGAAGCACUCGGGGGCUGUCAGAGCCCUUGACUUUAAUCCUUUCCAGGGCAACCUCCUUGCCUCAGGGGCCAGUGCUUCUGAAAUCUUCAUUUGGGAUUUGAAUAACCUGAGUGUGCCAAUGACCCCAGGAUCCAAGUCACAGCCCCUAGAAGAUGUCAAGGCUCUGUCUUGGAACCGUCAAGUUCAACACAUUCUGUCUUCUGCUCACCCCAGCGGCAAGGCAGUCGUGUGGGAUCUCAGGAAGAAUGAACCUAUCAUCAAAGUCAGUGAUCACAGCAACCGGAUGCACUGCUCAGGCCUGGCCUGGCACCCAGACGUAGCCACCCAGUUGGUACUUUGUUCAGAAGAUGAUCGUCUUCCAGUAAUUCAGCUGUGGGACUUGCGCUUUGCCUCCUCACCCCUAAAGGUGCUGGAGAGUCACAGCAGGGGGAUCCUGUCAGUGUCAUGGAGUCAGGCUGAUGCUGAGCUGCUGCUCAGCAGUGCCAAGGACAACCAGAUCUUGUGCUGGAACCUGGGGAGCAGCGAGGUGGUGUAUAAACUACCCACGCUGAGCAGCUGGUGCUUUGAUGUGCAGUGGUGCCCUCGGGACCCUUUGGUGUUCUCUGCUGCCUCCUUUGAUGGCUGGAUCAAUUUAUACUCUGUGAUGGGUAGGAGCUGGGAAGUCCAGCAGAUGAGACAGGCUGACAAGAUCUCUUCUUCCUUCAGCAAAGGCCAGCCUCUCCCACCAUUGCAGGUGCCAAAGCAAGUGGCCCAAGCAUCAUUGAUACCUCCCCUGAAAAAACCCCCCAAAUGGAUGAGGAGGCCAGCAGGUGUUUCAUUUGCUUUUGGGGGCAAGCUGGUGACCUUUGGCCUCCCCAGCACCCCUGUCCAUCAGGUGCCACAACCUUGCAUCCGCCUAGUCUUUAUCAGUCAGGUCACCACAGAACCUGAAUUCCUGACACAGUCAGCUGAGCUGCAGGAGGCCCUGGGAUCAGGAAAUCUCCUGAAUUACUGUCAGAACAAGAUCCAGCAAGCAUCACUGCAAAGCGAAAAGAUGCUCUGGCAGUUCCUGAAGGUGACUUUAGAGGAGGACUCCAGAAUGAAAUUCCUGAAGCUAUUAGGAUACAGUAAAGAUGAACUUCAGAAGAAGGUAGCCACAUGGUUGAGGAGAGAUUUGAGGCUGGAUGAGAGCCCUCAGUCCAAGGAAGAUGACCUCAACAGUAACAGACAACAGGCCUUCUCCUUACAGACCUCCAAACAUACUACCUGGGAAGCCUCAGCCUCCUCAGCCUUCUUUGAUGAGCUGAUCCCUCAAAACAUGACUCCAUGGGAGAUCCCCAUCACAGAAGACACAGAGGGACUCCUGAGCCGGGCUCUCCUGCUUGGAGAACUGGGCCCUGCUGUGGAGCUGUGUCUGAAGGAAGAGCGCUUUGCUGAUGCCAUCAUCCUGGCCCAGGCUGGAGGUGCAGAUCUGCUGAAGCAAGCACAGGAGUGCUACUUGGCCAAGAAGAAAACCGGAAUCGCCCCGCUGCUAGCCUGCAUUAUACAGAAGAAUUGGAAAGACAUGGUGUGUGCCUGUAGCCUGAAGAACUGGAGAGAGGCUCUGGCCUUGCUGCUGACAUACUCAGAGCCAGAGAAAUUCCCCGAGCUCUGUGACAGGCUGGGAACUCGUAUGGAGCAGGAGAGUGGCUGGGCUCUCGCCUCUGAAGCCAGACUCUGCUACGUGUGCUCAGGGAGCGUGGAGCGGCUGGUGGAGUGCUGGGCAAGAUGCCAGCCGGCUUCAUCCCCCAUGGCUUUACAGGACCUGAUGGAGAAAGUGAUGGUCCUUAACAGGAGCUUGGAGCUACUGCGGGGUCCUGAUGGGGUGAACCCAGGCCCUGCCACAACCUACAGAAUCACUCAGUAUGCCAACCUCCUGGCAGCCCAGGGCAGCCUGGCCACUGCCAUGAGCUACCUACCCAGAGACUGUGCUCAGCCACCAGUUCAGCAGCUGAGAGAUCGACUUUUUCAUGCCCAGGGUUCUGGUGUCUUGGGCCAGCAGACUCCCCCUUUCCCUUUCCCCCGGUUUGUUGUGGGAGCUACCCCCUACUCUCAAGAGACAUCCUCUCCCAGACUGAAAUUCCAGUCUUCUCACCAGGUUCCAAUUCUACCUCCAAGGCCAAGGAUUUUUACACCUCAGUCUACACUAAUGAUGCCCUUGACACCUUCCCAUCCUAGCCCUUAUCAGGGCUCCAGAAUGCAGAAUACAAGUGACUACAGGCCAUCUAGGGUCCAGGAAGCACAGCCCUUGCCUCUGGGUCCUGGGGUAAGGCCUGCUUUAUCUCAGCCUCAGCUGUUACGAGGGCAAAGGGCACAAGCUCCUAACCCCGUGGGAUUCCCUGGAACAUGGCCUCUUCUGGCUCCACCCAUGGUACCCCCAGACAUUAUGCAGCCUGGCUCCGUUCCCCUGCCUGGGGCUCCUCCAGUGCCCCCUCUGCUUCCUGUGAGAGCACCAGGCUUCAGCCCAAUGAGCUCCCAGCCACCAGCCCCUCCUGUCAGCUUCCCUGGGGCCCACCCUCCAGGAGGGCCAGGUACUCCACACGCUGGUGUCCUCCCGACCACUGGCAUCUUGACUCCUCACCCAGGACCUCAGGAUUCCUUGAAAAAUGCUCCAGUGCUUAACGGAAACCUCCAGAGGAAAAAGUUGCCAGAGGCAUUUAUGCCCCCAGCACCAAUUACUACUCCAGUUAUGUGCCUCGCUUCUGAGCCUCGAGGGGUCCUUUCCUCACAACCCACCGUCCCCAGUGUGAGUCAUGUUCCCCCUGGAGCCCCACAAGAACUCAGCUGGCAGCAAUGUCAGCAGCCACUGGAGAAGAUGGACAGGAAGGAGAUGCCCCCUGAACACCAGUCCUUGAAGAUCAGCUUUGAGUCACUUCUGCAGCGCUGUGCCCUGUCUGCCACUGACUUAAAAACAAAACGGAAGCUAGAUGAAGCUGUGCAACGUCUAGAAUGUCUGUAUGACAAGCUCUGUGAGGGGACACUCUCGCCUCCUGUGCUGGCCGGGCUCCAUGAGAUUGCCCGAUGUGUGGACGCAGGAAGCUCAGAGCAGGGCCUCAUGGUGCAUGCCCAGGUGGUGAGCUGCAGCAGCUUCAGUGAGGUCUCCAGCUUCAUGCCUGUCCUGAAGUCUGUCCUCACCAUUGCUCAUAAGCUGCACGUCUAA